UUUAGAGGCUAUAUGCUGUAUACACAAUUUGACACAUACACCCCCUUUAUAUCAUUACCUUCACCCUUUUCCCUACAUACUGUUUCAUCCUAAGAUGACUUACCUAGCUCUACGUACUACAUUCAAAUUAUACUUUCUAAUCCUUCGAAAGGAUGUAUCUCAUUAAUAUUAUUAGCCGCCAUUGCCCCUUUUUGUACUAACUUUCUAUCCAUCUUAACUUAAGCAUCCCUUGAUAAAACAAUUUUGACAUUCAAUUCAUAAACUAUAGAAAUUAAUAACCGCUCAGCAAUUGAAAAUGAUUUUUGAGGCUUUUCUUUAUCUUCGCAGCUUAGAUCGAUCUUCUUGUUCAUCAUUAUGUCUGAAGCAAAAAACGUCUUGAAUUCGCCAUUCAUUCUGAAGUGGCCAACUAUACAUACGGAGACUGGCCAAACAAUUCUAAACCAACUUUUGAAAUCUCUGGAAAUAGUGGGUCAUUACCGAAAGGCUUGCCGAGAGAAAAAGCAACUGAAGAAAAAGAAUACAAUAGGAACAAAAACAACAGCAACCGAUAAUGAGGAAAACCUUUCAAAACUGCCGUUAUCAACUGAAGAGCAGAUACAAGAACCGGACCUCAAUAAACGCAUACAUAUCGGUAUCAAUACAGUAGCACGCUUUUUGGAGUCGUAUAUGAAGGAAGAUAGAGGAGCAAAAAACAAAGCAAAAUCAUCAACACCUGUUAUAUUCAUUUGUAAACGAGAAAUUAAACCACUACAGUUAUGUCAGCACUUGUUAACUAUGGCAGCAUUAGCAAAAGUGAAACUGGUGCCUAUGCCAGCAGAUUCAGAGGUGAAAAUAAGUCAAAUAUUAGGUCUCAAAAGAGCAUGCGUCAUCCUAAUGGAAAUUAUGGAGGACAAAGAAGAGGCGUUACGCUUAAGUACGAACGAUAUACCCUACAUUGAAGCACCUUGGUUAAGUAAUGCCCUGCUGGCUUCAGAUCCGGUCAAAUACAGAACAGAAAAUACCAUAAGGACAAUAGAAACCACAGCACCAACUGUGAAGAAAGGUAAACAACAACAGCCAAAGAAACAACAUCAGCAACAGCAACAGCAGUCCCUUAAACGUAGAAUAGAAGAUGGCGAUCAAGCGAAAGUGGAUAAUGCUAAAAAGAUAAAAAGCUAAUGCAGAGAUAAACGUUUGUACUCCAAUAGAUAAAGAGACAAAGAGUCAGCGUUGUAGGCACCCCAAGACACAACUGCAAUAAGUAGCUGAUAUAGAGAGACAUGACGAAAAUGUGAAAGCAUUGCUUGCCUUUAUAAACCAACAUAGUUGAAUAAAAUAUUGGUUGAUGGUCGAUUUUUCGAUUGCUUUGUUUUUUUUUUAACAA